AACUUGCAAGUGUUACCAACCAUGGAGGCUCUACGCUACACCGCCAAAACCAAGAAACUUGAGUUGACCAAAACCGAAAUCCCUAAAAUCACUAACCCGGAUAGUAUUUUAGUCAAAGUGGCUUAUUCGGGGAUUUGCGGAACGGAUUUACACAUAAUACAGGGUGAAUUCCCGUGCAACCCAGACCGGACUUUCACCCUAGGUCACGAAUUUUCGGGCACUGUAGUCGAGGUCGGAUCAAAAGUGAGCAACUUCAAGCGCGGAGACCGGGUUUCAGUGGACCCAAAUAGUGGUUGUAAAUGUUGCAAGUUCUGUCAUUCGGGGAAACCCCACUUUUGCAAAGUCGGAGGGAUUAAUAAUACCAUUGGGAUUUACCGGGAUGGUGGAUGGGCCAAUUACGUGGUUUGUCCCGAGGAGCAGGUGCACAAAUUACCUGAUAGUAUCACACUAGAGCAAGCCGCGUUGACUGAACCGGUGUCUUGCCUGGCCCACGGAUGGGACAUUGUGAGUCCCAUCCACGUCGGGGAUAAAAUCCUAGUGACAGGAGCGGGAAUUAUUGGGAAUUUGUGGGUGUGUGCCCUACAUCUUCAAGGUCAUAGAAAUGUCACUGUUUCCGAACCGAAUGCAUCACGAUUAGAGAUGUUGAAAAAACUGAAUACGGGAUUCAAUUUAAUUACUCCUGAUCAACUGAAGAAAAACCAAACCGCAGACCCUAACUACCUCUUCGACGUCGUGAUCGAUUGUAGUGGGUUUCCCCCAGCUGUCGAGCAUGCAGUUUCCCUUUUGAAUUCCGGCGGGAAAUUGUGUAUUUUUGGGGUGGCUCCCCCGCACGGGAAAAUUACGAUUGCCCCGUUUGAUAUUUACAUGAAAGAGAUGAAAAUUUUCGGUGUUAAUAUUAACCCGUUUAGUUUUCCCAAAUCGUUGGGUUUGUUGGAAGCUAUGGGGGACAGAUAUAUGAAUUAUAAUCUUUUGGGAAUUAGGACUUUUGCUUUAAGUCAGUACCAGGAGGCCAUUGAGUGUUUGAAAAAAGGCACGAUUGCCAAAGCAGUAUUUAAACUGUGAAUUUGUUGAGUGCUAGUUGUUGAAUAAAAUAAUUAUUGUUGGAA